AUGCACCAUCGUCACUCCGUCACCGCCUUCUACAUCCGCUGGGUCGCCCCUCAGCACCCCUCCACCCUUCUCCCUUUCGACCAGUCCACUUGUUCGUCGAAUCUCGACCUCAUCCUCGACGCUUUCUCCGACCGCAGUCGCGUACCGUUCGAGCCUCCUCUGGCUCCUCGCAGCUUGGUUGGCGUCUGGCGAAUCACCCUCAACAUCUACAGCCCUCAGGCACCGGGCCAGGACAGCUUGCUCACGCUGGAAAUCUUUCCCGACAUGACCAUUUCUGUUCUGCGCGAGUCCGUCCACGCCGACGCCAAUAUCCCCCCCUCCCUGCAAAACAUCUACCACAACGGCCGCUUGAUCUCGGACGAUAGCAAGACGAUGGAGCAACUGCAGAUUGUAGACGGUGACAUGCUCGCCGUUCACGUCAGGGAGCCUCAAGGCAACGCUCAAGGAAACCCUGCCCCGCCGCCGAGACAGCCCCAGCACCCGCAGGCGCAACCAGCUGAACAGGCCCGAACCCGGCGGCAGGGCGGCGGCAGCGAUCCCGAGCUGGUCCGACUUCAGGUCCUAGGCGACCCCGCCUUGAGGCAGCAGCUCGAAAGGCAACAUCCCGAGCUUGCUCGUGCCGCCGACGACCCGGCACGGUUUGCCCGUAUCCUGCGCGAGGCCCAAGAUGGAGAGCAACGAGAGCGGCUCUCGAGGCAGCGCGAGAUUGAGCGCUUGAACGAUGACCCCUUCAACAUUGACAACCAGAGAAAGAUUGAGGAUAUGAUUCGUCAGGAGAGAGUCAUGGAGAACCUGCAGAAUGCGAUGGAGCACAACCCCGAAGUCUUUGGACGAGUGCACAUGCUCUACAUCAACGUCGAAGUGAAUGGCCACAAGGUCAAGGCCUUUGUCGACUCUGGUGCCCAGGCAACCAUCAUCUCCCCGUCCUGUGCCGAAGCCUGUGGCAUCAUGCGGCUCGUCGAUACGAGGUUCGCCGGCGUGGCACGCGGUGUCGGCACCGCCAACAUUAUAGGUCGCGUACACUCUGCCCAGAUCAAGAUCGGAGCCUUGCAUCUGCCUUGCAGCUUCACCGUCAUGGAGGGCAAGUCGACGGAUUUGCUCCUCGGCUUGGACAUGCUCAAGCGCUUCCAGGCCAGCAUUGACCUGGCCAAGGACACGCUCAUCAUCCAAGGCGAGGAGGUGCCCUUCCUGGGGGAGGCUGACAUUCCCAAGGACGAGGAGGCUGCUGCGGCCGAGGAGCCUUCGAUAUCUGGACCUGCUGGCACCUCCAUCGGCCAACGGUCGGGGGUUGUCAUGCCGCCGACGGACGAAGCACCACAAACCCAAGCGCCCCCUUUGGCGCAACCGCAACCAGCAGCACCGGCCCCGCCCUCGCAAGGAACGGCAACGGUCGGUACAAACGUUACACCCGAGCACAUCGACAACCUCGUCGCAAUGGGUGCUACCAGGGAGCAGGCAAUACAGGCCCUUCAGGCGGCAGAUGACAACGUCGACGUCGCCGCCAGUUUGAUUUUCUUCUGA